UUUUCACACGAAAGUGGGUGUUCGAUACGGUACUGAAUUUAACAAAUAAACAAUUAAAGUAUAACCAGAAAGAGUUAUGACCUCUUGAAACCUAGUCAUGGAGGGGCUGCCUUCUGGUGAUAUUCAGGCCAAAUAUCAAAAAUUAGCUGCAGAGUAUUCUAAGUUGAGAGUUCACGUGAAAGUAUUAAAGAAGGGUGUCCUAGACGAACAAGCAAAGUCAAAUGAAUUACGGGAAGUCUUAAAAGAUAAAGAGAAGUCGCUAAGGAAAGGAGAAUUAGAGAUAGAUUCAUUAACGUUUAGGAACCAGCAGUUGACGCGGCGCGUUUCCGUCCUUCAAGAUGAACUUGAUCUUCUUCAGAAUAAGUUAACAAAGAAAUCUAAAAGUAAAGGAGACGAGAAGCAGGCAACAACAAGCCAAGCAUCCCCACUCGACUCAGGCCUCCUGCAAGAAGAGCUUCAGAAAAAGAUAAUUGAAAAUGCUCAGUAUGCAUCACAGCUUUCAGAUAAGACUUUUGAAGUAUCUCAACUCCAAGCUUCAAUCGAUGACUACCAGAAGCACAUUAGUGAGAGUGAAAGCAAGUAUAGAUGUGAGAUUGCUAAAUUAAAGAAUAAAAAUCAGGAACUCCAGUUCGCAUUGGAAGAGGCUCAAAAGGACCGGCUAGGUGUAACAACCAAGCCACAAACCAGCAGCCAAGCGGCAAGUUGUAAUGGAGAUUUUCUGUCGGAAGGUGGAAGCUUGGUGGGCAGUGAAGAUGCCCUUAGUUCUGUAGAUGAUUUGAAUAUUAACGAGCAACUUAGUACAAAAGCUCAUACUUUAGAACAGGAAAAUCAAAAACUUCGUAUGGAAUACGAGUUGCUCGAAAUGGAGAAUGAAAGCCUUAAACUAGAGAUAAGUAAACACGUAUCCGCCGCCCAGAAGAGGAGAGGGGAGACGCACGACUCGGGUGACUUUAAUAGCUUCAGUGAGACCUCUGUCGACGCGGGCGGCGUGGUGUCGGGGCUGCUGGGCGCGCUGGCGUGUCCGCUGCUGCUGGCGCGCGAGCUGCAGGCGCGCGAGGAGCGCGUGGCGACGCACUUCCGGCGCCGCCUCGCCGCCGCCGCCGCGCGCGCCGAGCUGCUGCAGGGGAAGACCGACCACUACCUGCAGGAGUGCGAAAUGCUUCGAUUACGGUUCGAUGUAAUGGAGCGUGAAAAGGAAGAAAAUGCGCAUACCUUACAAGAGAAACACAACACGAUCAGCAGGCUGGAAGAGGAGCUUCAGUCGACGUCUCGCAACUACGAGCAGCAGCUGGGCGUGCUCACCGAGCACGUGGCCGCGCUCAACGAGCACAUCGCGCGCCAGCACGACCGCCUGCAGCAGCUGCAGCGCUCCAGGGAGCGACGCAAGUAGCGGCGCACGGCCCACUGCAGCGCUACAGCACUCGCGCGACUGCGCUUCCCGUCCCGCGGCGAACUGUCGCUCUUGCAGCGCUCGCGGACAUAAAACACCUCCUGCAUUGCGUUCACGUACGCCGUAUGGUCAUGAUUCAUCCAAUCACACCUCAAUCCUUAUUUAAGCAAAGAAUACGGCCAGUAUGCGCGCACCGAUAAUAUUCCCUGCUAGACGAUUCUAGUUUGAAACUGUAACUGUAAACCACGACUGGUUUAUUGGUAGUCACCAUACUUCGAUUGGAGUUUUUUGUCGGCAACUACACUUUGUAAAUUUUAACCUCCACCGUUAAUGCCUAUCGGGUAAAUAGUUUUUAAAUUUAUGAACGAAUUAUAAUGUUGCUAUCUCUAAUACUAUCCUAUAGACAAAAAUAAUCCUUAUUUUUCACACAUACAAUACGUGUGCACCUGUCUUUUCAUUAUAUUAGUAUGUCUUCAUUAUUAGCACUGACAUUUUUAAAUGUUUCAUGAUAAAACACACACAAAGACCACAUGAAUGAAUUAAAUAUUGGUAAGAGGAAAAAAACUCAUAAUUCUUAAAAAAAAAAAAAUAUUUUUUUAAAAUAGAAACAUCUAUGAAGGCAAAGGUGUUUUAUAUAUAAAGAACAGAUUUUACAUAAAUAAAUUAAAACGAAAAAUCAAAAAAAAAAAAAAAUCUUAUGUCCAGUCGUAUAUAAGAAAUAAUAAUUCAAUUGUUCGUGUAUGUACAUAAGGUGAUACGACUAUAUUAUUAAUAUAAAAGUAUAUAGGUUAAAUGGCACUUUUAUACUUGAAAAUGUAAUAGUUAUAUAAGAUUAUUAUCAAAGAAAUGAAACGAUGAAUUUUAUCAUAAAAAAAUCGCUAUUGAAUUCGCCGAAUAUUUACUUUAUUUUGUUUUACUUUUGAUGCAUUAAAAAUGAUUUAAACAUACAGCGUUGUAUUAAGAAAUAUAUAAAUGAAUUGUUAAUAAAUGACGUGUAAACAUAAAAUAUAUGAAGUUUUAAAUACAUUUCUAAUACAAUACGAUAUGAUAUGAAAUAAGAAAAUUGUGAGACUUAUUAUUAUUAAAAUGUAAUUAAAUAUGUGUAUUUCUUAAUAAUAUCGCAAGGUACACGUUUUAAAUAAUUAUUUUAUCUUAAAUUUAUUUAAAAAAAUUAAGUCGUGAAUGUUUAUUUUAUCAUUACUUUUUAGCAUUCCUAUCGAAUAAACGAGGCCUAAUUAUGUAUUGUUUAUUUCAAUUGAAUUUGUACAAAAUAGAAGAGUAAAAAAACAAUUAAUUUUUUUUAUUGGUGGACGUAUUUGACAUAUUAUAUUUUUUAAGAAUAGCUUAUGAAAUUAUGAUGACUAAAUACUGAGCGCCCAUUGGUCGCAUAUUGCGUCAUCAGCGGCUAUCGACCAAUUACAAUUCAGCUUAAAGUCAAAUUAAUUUGACUUUAUUCAGCGCUUUGGAAAUUGAAAGUAUUUGAUUCAUGCAGAAGCUUCAAAAAUACGUGCAAAAUUUCUGCUAAUCGAUUGGGUGAAAGUGCUUGGUUUGACCCACACUAAAACCUAACAAGUGAAAUUAAAUAUAUUUUUUUAAUACGAGAAAAUGUAAUUUCUCACAAGAGAAGUAUUAUUUUUAAAAAGAGAUACGCAUAUUUCUUAAGAAUUAUAUUGAUAUUCUUUUAAAAUGUAUUCUUAACGUUUUAUACAAAUUCAAUUGAAGUACGUGUAUAUAGCUACUGUUAGUGCCAAGGGGUCGCAACAUUGUAUUUAUAAUUAAAUCCUUACUGCAUACAGUUAUUAUGCAACUAUUGUUAUAUUGUAGUUUUUUUAAACGUCUUUAUUUAGUUAUGAGCGUUGUUACCUAUCACUUAAAAUAGCAGAGAGAAAAUGAUUACAAAGAAAAUAUUUUUAAUUACGGUAUUCAUUCGCUAUGAGGCCACCUAAUUUGGUACUCAAAUUUCAACUAUGUUUUGGAUAUUCGGAGAACAUAGGCUGUGACGACGGACAGACACGAAAGUGAUCCUAUAAGACCUGGUUUUUCCUCGAAUGUAAACAUAACAGCAAGCAAAUAUUUUCAGCGGAUUGUGUCUGGUUUUUAUAUUCUCAAUAACCUACGUAACAAAAGGUCGUAUUAACAUACGACUACUACUACUAUACUAAACAAUGUGUAUUUAUAUAUUUACAUACGACCUUUUGUUAUUGCAAUAACAGUAGCUAUGCCAUUUUUAUCGGCUAGUGAUUGGUUCUUCUAGUUGUAAGGUAUUAAAUGCAAUAUAGGCUCCAUAGAUUACUUACGAUGUAUUUUUAGUUUUAUAUAUAAAAAAAAAACUUACGUUACGUACAUUAAUACAUGUUUCGUCUUGUGAUCUGACAAUUAUUCACAUUUAUGCAGAGAUUUUAUCGAAAAAUAUUGUUAAUUCUACAUAAUAAUGUCAUGUACCAUUGGAACUACUUUAAAUGAUACGAUGUGAGCGAACUCGAAUACAUACAAACUGAUUUCUUAUCAAAUUAUCAUCAAAAAUAACUUUAUAAAAUAAAUUCCCGCGAACAAUCAAAUUUUUAUUAAUACUACAAUGGAUAUACAUCGCGAAAGUUUAAACCAUACUUUUUACUCUGCGAAAUGGACUCCGUUAAUUGAAGAAAUUUUAAUAUUUUUUAUAACUGAUGAAAUUGGCUUGUAUGUUAUUCUAUCAUGUUUGUUUAUUAAUACACGUUAAAAUUUAAAUCAUAUUCUAUAUCUUUUGACAGCUGUUAUCACAAUUAGAAAUAUUUUAAAAGCUAUGUACUAAGAGAAAAAAUACUAGUCACAUCUAUGAUCUCUGUCAAAAGUAUACAGAAGACGUGGUUUGUAAAGAAUAGGUAUGAAACUCCUUUAUAAACCAUGUAAAAACUAUAUAAUUGAAUUAUUGAUACAAUUAUAUACCUCAUUCUAAAAAAAAAAAUUAGAAAUUUUUAAAUUAUUUAUCAUCAAUUAUUAUUUUUGUAAUUUUAAUUAUGGUGCUUAUUAAAUUAUUAAUUAUUAAGAUUUCACUUCUCGUUUUUAUUUUAGUGAAAAAUUUAUUUUUAAAAUUUUACCAUUUAAAAAUAGAAUCUUUCUUAUUAGAAUGAGGUCAAAUUUACAUCGUUAAGAUUUGUAACGAUAUUCAUAAUCAUUUCCGAGGUGUGAUCUUGAAAUUGCUAUCACUAAGAGCAUUCGCGUGUAAUUUAACAAAUUUGAUUAGAACAUUACAUUACACAUAAUGUGUUUGACACGUUGACGAUAAUUCGUGUGUGUAUCACAUUGAUUUUUUUUUAUUCUGGAAAUAUCACUAUCACUCACUUGACAAGUUAAAAAUCCAUCGAGCGCAAUAUCUUGCUUUAGAAAUAUCUAAGUAAGCGAAAAUGUAUAAUAACUUGUUAGUCUAGCUAUACAGCUUGGGAAUAUCCUUAAGUGACUGUACUCUUAUUGCGAAUAAACAUUAUCAACAUUAAAGUCAACAAAGUAACUUUGAACACGUCAUGAAUUAAACGUAAAGUUACCACGGAUGGUCUCAGAAUGUAACCAAGAAGGUCCGCCAAGAAACGAUUAUCCUUAGAUAAUCUUUUGCAUCAAUUAAAAAAACUGAAUGUUGAUUACUGAGUCAUAUGUUAUUAGAAGCGAUGUUCGGAGUUGUAACGUUACAAGGUGGCCAAUGUUCGUGAAGUAUUUACAGAUGUAAUGCUCGUUUCCGAACGUUACUUGCGAAUGAUCUCAGGAGUAUUCUUCACAAUUGUUGCACAGUACGUACAUAUAUAAUUAUAUUACGAAACUUUAUUUUUCCAUUGUCAACGUCUUUGAAGGAUAACCAAUCUCCCCUGGAGAACUCAAUAGCAGACUAUUCUGAUCAUGUAAUAAAUUAUAUGUAUGAAAUGUGGUAUAUACAAUGUGUAUUUAUAUAUUAAUAAAUAGUUCUAUC